AUGACGCGAAUGACAAACAACGGCCAAAUUCAAGUCAUUGAUUAUAACCCAUCUUUGGUAAGAUUUAAAACGCCUUUUUGUAAAAUACGAUUUUUUUUAAAUAUUAUAUUAAAUACAUUAAUUUAUUUUUUUACCUAUUCUUGCCUUUGUUUAACUUUUUUUUGGCUCUAGAUUUUAAUUUUUAUCUUGUUUUACCCGGUUUCUUCCGUUUUCUCUGUAAUUUGCCUUUUCCUUGGUGGAAUGCGGAUUUUAAUCAAGAUAAUUUAAUUUGUUUUCAGUUAUUUUAGCUUGGAGCAGUAUUUCUUUUAGCUAUUUUGACCUUGUUUUAUUAAGUUCAAGCUGAUAUUAUAUCUGUUACCUGUUUUUAGCUCAAUUUCUUUUUUUUUUUCUCUUUUCGCUUGAGUUUAACUGCAUUUUUAGGUACAAAUUUAGUCCUUUUAAUUAUUUUGGCUUGAAACUGUGUUUCUUGUAAUCUAUUUUAACUUUGUUUUAUUGAUUUUAAUUUCAAAGUUUAUUUACUUUACCUGUUUUCAACUCAAAUUCUUCUUUUUUCUCCAAUUUAUCUGCAUUUUUUGGUAUACAUUUUAUUACUUUUACUUAAUUUGGCUUAAAAAUUUACUUCUUUCAUCUGUUUACACCUUUUGUUUAUCAACUAUAACUUAUAACUUAUUUAUUUUAUCUAUUUAUAUCUGAAAUUCUUUUUUUUUAUUGAUUUUAGCUGAAAAUUUAGGUACAAUUUAGUUCUUUUUACGUGUUCUUGUUUUGUUUUAGCAAUUAUAACUUUAAACUAGGUUUCUAUAGAAGUAAUAGAAGCUUCUAUUCUUUCUUUUAGCUUCAACUUUAAUUUGAUUUAUCUUUUUUAUCUUUAAAUUAAAUUGAUAUACGUAUUUUAGCCCUAAACCUAUCUUCUUUUUCAAUUUUUAGCCUCAAAACUUAAUCUAAAAAAUUGAAAUUUCAGACGCGAUGGAGCCAACGUGAUCCAGACCGCUCGACUCCAUGCAAUGCCAGUUGGCCCAUCUUAAAUGAAUAUUCGAACAAAAUGGACGAGGUUGUAGAGCUCUCCAACCUACUUCAACAUACAGGAAAGCAUGUUAGAGUAGUGGCUCUGAAUGGCGAAACGCCUGGACCAACGAUCGUGGUACCAUUGGGAUCAGAAGUGAUAGUAAGGAUGAUCAACAGGUUGGAUUCUGAAGCCAUCACGAUGCACGUUCAUGGCAUGGACAAGAAGUUUAUGUGGUACACGGAUGGGGUGGCAUUUGUUCAGCAGUGCCCGGUACCGGCUGGCAGUACUCAUACUUAUAGGUAUGGUAAUGUUUUAGAUUGUUUUUAGUUUAAAGCAGCUUAUUUAAAAUGUUUUAGACAAUUUUUUUAAAUACUAUAUUAUAGUAGGUUAUACAAGCCAAACUUUAACCAAAAACUACGGUUUAUUACGUUGACAUAGCUCAUAUUCCCAAUGUUUUAAUCAAAACUAACAUAUAAUUGUAGGUUUAUUGCCGACACGCCAGGAACGAUGUGGUAUCACGGUCAUUUAAAUAACGACCGUGCCGACGGUCUGAUUGGUGGAUUUGUGGUCGAAAAAGAAGACCAAAGGAUUAAAAAUCUGGAUGAAAGUUUGUUUGAAGCAGAAAGGGAAUACAUCAUGGUCCUUCAGGUAACAUUAUAUGGUUGUAGGUUGGUUUAGGUCAGGGCGUGAGCUGGGGCUAAGGCUUAAGCUAGGGCUUAAUCUAGGGCUUAGGCUAGGUCUUAGGCUAGGGCUUAGGCUAGGGCUUACGCUACGGCUCAGGUUAGUUGCAUGGACUAUGCUUUAAUACCUUACCCUAUCUAAGUCUAGCUUUACCUUAACUUACCAUAGCCUGUAAUAAUGUAAAAUUAAAUAAAUUAUGUUUAUAAAUUUCAGGACUGGUCAGAGCUGACCUCAGGCGAAACCUGGGAGAUGCACGUGCAUAUGACGAUGAAAUGGGUUGGUCAUGGGUUUGAUGACGAAGCUCGUAACAAGUGUUGGGCUCCAAAACGAACAUACGAUGGGUCAAACAUAGGUGGAUCUAUUCCAUUGGCAGCUAUCUUGGUUAAUAAUAAAGGUGAUUUUAAUUGGGUUGUUAACAUAAUUCUGUGCUUCUUCUUAAAGCGGAUUUUUUAAAGGUGGGGCACAGAAUUAAUUGAAAAACAUAAUAUUAAGCCUACUGAUUGUGAGGUAAGAGGAACUUAAAAGAUUUAAAACAAUUUUUUGGAAAAAGGGGCACAGAAUUAUUUAAAUUUUUAUUUUUUAGGUUGGUACAAUCAAGAUGACAUAUUAAGUCAACCACAAAACUUGCCAUUGACCACAUAUCGUAUAAAGCGAGGAGAACAUCAAAGAUACCGAGUUGUGAAUGGUGGAGUAAGUCAAGGUCUAAUUGUAUGGUGUGAAGGGCAUAACAUGAGUGUGAUCGCUGCUGAUGGAGUUGAUGUGGAGCUUGUUCAGGUAAGUACCCCUACCCUUACCCCUAUCUUCUAUCCCCUAACUUACUCUACCUUAUUUUGUCAUUUUACAGUAGUCUUUUCCAGAUAGAUGCCCUAAUCAUAUUCCCAGGAGAACGUUACGAUCUUCACAUUCAAGGACUAGACAACCCCACCCAAAAGCAGUAUCGCUUUAUAAUCGAUACUAUAGAGUACUUUAACUGGGACUGGACGGUCGGACCAAUUCAACAUGGUUUAGCCAACUUGGAGUAUGAAGAGGUGGACCUUCCCGAUAGUAAUAUAGUUGAUUUUGAUCAUAGAGAGUGUACACAGGCUAGGAAGUGCAGAAUAUUGAAUUGUCCAUUCAAGGAUUUCAAACGUUCAUUGAACUUCACUUGUUACGGAGCUCACGAACUCAAGAAUGCUGAGGUCAUCGAGGAUGAUGAGGAAAUGUUGGAGAAGAAGAGGUUUAGAAGCGGGUUUAGGGUAGGAUUUUGAAGAUUUUACUUUGGCAUGAAGGUUUUGGGGUAGGGUAGGCUAAGUUAGGGUAAUUAGGUAAAGAAGGCUAGAAUAGAAUAAAAGAUGUUUGAGGUGGACUAAGUUAGGGUACUAUAAGGUUAUAAUUUUAAUAUAGGCUAGGGUAGAAUAAGCAAGGAUAUUGUAGGGCAAAGUGGGCUAGGGUAAGUUUGAACUUGUAAGGUAGGCUACGGUAGAAUACUGUAGAGUAGGAUGAGGCAGGAAGUCUUAGUCUGUAAUAAGUUAGAAAAGGCUGUGACAGACCGUAGGUCAAGGUAGAACAAGGUAAGGAAAAGCAGAGGAAAACAGGGUAGAGUAGGGUAGGGCAGGGGAGGGUACGAUAGGAUAGGGUACGGUACGGCAGGGUAUGGUAGGAUAGGGUAGGGUGGGGUACCUUCUUUAAAAACAACUUUUGACCUUUCCAGGAAGUCUUCGCCAACAUGCACUUUGAUAAUCACAUCGAUGGGUAUAUGUAUCAAUCACCGAAAGGCAUUCCCUAUUAUCAUUACGGUAAUAUGAAUUCGGUUGCUUUGCCUUGUGAUCCGUACAAAUGCGACCGGUACCAUUCAUUCAAAUGGAACCACAAUUGCGAUUGCUUCUUUCAUUACGAGUUCGAUUUGAAUGAUAUUGUACAGGUAAGUGAGGAAGGAUGGGGGAGAGGGAGAGGUUGUUAAAACAUAGGGAGAAGGGUAAUACAACAGAGGGAGGAUGAGGGUGUGUUUGGUGCCAAGUAAAAAAUUUUUUUGAAAAAAAGUUGUGGGCAUGACGGUCCAGCAUCAGUCCUAGCUCUCGAGCUGUCACUAGUAAUCAAAUACCCUGCUCUUCUCUAAUUUAGCCUAACCUACUUUACCUUACCCUGGUCUACCCUAAUUUACUCUACUUAAUCUUGCCUUACUCUACCCUUUUCUACUCUACCUUCCUGCCUUACCCUAACAUAACCUACCCUAACUUGCCAUCCUUAAAUUCCCACCACAUACCCCAUCAACUAUCAUACUACUAAGAUAACAUUUCUCAAACAACCAUCAAGUAUUAUAUAAUAACAUCCAACACCCAAUAUCACAAUUCCAAAUAGUUUUAUUUAAAAAAUUCGGUAAGUUCCUGGCUUAGCUGAUGGCUUAGGCGGCGGUUUUGGUGACAGACAUUUGGGAGUCGGCGGCGGUGGUGUCCGACUUCUUGCCCUUUUUGGACUUGACAGCGGUGUCGCGACAUAGCCAAAUGAAGUGAUGACGGAACAUGACGGCGUAGAUUAGAACGGCCAGCACAAUGACAGCGGAAUAGACGAUUAGAAGGACGAAUAUGAUAAAAGCCAUCACGUCCAGGUCUUCUCUUUUACAUCCCGCAGUCGCUGAAAAAUGAAAAAAUUUUAAAUUACUGAGUCUGUAAUCAAGGCGAUGGUCAGGGCUAUGUUUAGGACUGGGAUCAAGGUUAUGAUCAAGGCUAUGGUCAGGGACAGAGCUAUGGUCAGGCCUAUGAUCAGGGCUAUGGCCAGGGCCAUCAUCAAGGUUAUGGUCAGGGCUGUGACCAGGGCUAUGAACAGGGAUAUGAUCUUCUCUGCCCUCUCCUUGCUCGAAAAGUUAUGAUAUUUUCUGCUCUAUUUGAUAUUGGCCCUCCCUUUUAAAAAUGAAUAUCCACUUCAAGAAAAAAAAAUUUUACCCCCCCCCCUCCCCCCCUCCUCCUUGUCUCCCCUUGCUCUUAAUUUAAAAAAAAAGUUGAAUGUUUCCCCUGUGCCUUUCAAAAAAAAUUUUAUUUUUACUUUCCCAGUCCUAAAUUAUGAAAAUCUAAACUUACUACUGACAGGAGCAUGGGUCGUCGGUGUAGGCAUGGUUUUUGAUUUGAAGUCGUCUUCUUCAACUGCUUCUCGGUUCUACGGUUUACCACGCUGAAAGGACCGCUUUCUGUGGAAUCGAACUUGCAUAAUGAGCCAAAUCGGAAUUUUUUAGAUUUCAUUUUGGAGGAAAUGGACUUUCUGAAAUUUGCAUUUUAAAAAAAAAUGGUCGAAAAUGAGUUAAAAGUGAAAAACGGCCGAAAGUGAGAGAAAAAUGAUAAAACCGGUCGGAAAUGAAAAAAGAUAGUUGAAAAUGAGAUAAUUUUAUAAUAAAAUAUCAAAAAUCCUGGAAAACCCGAUAUUCGCUUCGGUCUUGCAACGAAAACUUUAAACUUUAAUUUUUGUUACUUUCCUGGCGGCUAGCAUUCUGAAAAGUUUUAUAAAAGGCUACAAAAUUGUAAACUGAAUUUAAAAAAAUUUUUAUUUCUCACAAAAAUGAAAAUUUAAAAAAUUUUCAAAAAAUUUUUAAUUCCAAAAAAUGUAAAGUUAAAUUUUUAAAAUUUUAAAAAUUUUACUUUUGGUGUUUCAGAUGACAAUAUACAACAUGGGAGACGGUGGUAAGCGAGGCGAGGGUUAUUCUCAUCCGUUUCAUCUUCAUGGCACUCACUUUUACUUGGUUAAGGUCGGGUUUCCGAGUCACGAUGAAAAUAUGAUGGUUACUGACAUGAAUCCGGACAUUCCUUGUUUGAACACUACGGUAUAUUGAGUGUCAUCUUACAACUUACAGUACACUAAGCUUUAUAUUUUACUUAUUGCAAUAUUACACUACCUUAUCCUACUCUGCCUUACCCUACCAUAUCCUAACUUAAAGUAUCGUACCCUAACUUACCCUACUCCGCUUUACCCCACCCUACACUACCAUAACUCAAUAAACAAUUUUACAACUACAGUAACUUUUAAAAAAACUUAUCUAUACCGUAACUCAAAGUACUUUACCUUUUCAGACCAGAUGUGUAGACCUAAAAUGGACCUAUCCAGAAUGGUCUGAUGGCCAUUUAGAAGGUAUGGAAGCAAAUCCAACCUACCGAGAUACGAUCAACAUACCAUUGGGUGGCUACAUUACGAUAAGAUUUAGAGCCACCAAUCCAGGAUGGUGGUUUGCUCAUUGCCAUCUGAUGCUACAUCAUAUGGGUGGUACUGCUUUCGCGUACAGAGUUGGUACUCAUGAACAAAUACCACAACCACCGGCUAACUAUCCACAUUCUUGUGGUGUUUAUAAGCAGGAGGUAGGCUAUAGGGUAGGGUAGGGUAGGGUAGUGUAGAAUAAGAUACGGUAAGAUAGGGUAGGGUAGGGUAUGGUAGGGUAGUGUAUGGUAGGGUAGGAUAGGGUAGAAUAAGAUACGGUAAGAUAGGGUAGGGUAAGGGGCCAAGUAAGUACGGUAGAGCAAGGUAUGGUAAACUAUCUUACGGUUGAAUAACGUGGAGUAAAUUAAAAGUUACGAAGGUAGUAAGCUAGAGUAUAUUAUGAUACGUUACUACACAGUAGAGCUGAUUGUGAGUCAAACAGGGUAGAUAAGGUAACUUAGGCUGGUUUUUAAAAGACAAUUUUGAUUAUUAUGCCAUCUGACUUUACUCUAAAUUUCAGACUACACAACCAGACAGUUCAGCACAAGACAAACCUUCAACGAUCAUCUUCUUGAUGACAUUGGCAAUUACUUUUCUCAUUUUUUCAAAUCUCAACUAA